ACCGAUAGUACCGAUGUGUUUGGCGUCAACGUAACGUGCUGAGAAGUUUUACCUGUGUAGAAUUUCCCGUUUUUUCACCCUUACCAAAAUCCAGCAAACCCUUUGCAGCUUCAUCUCCGUACCAGAUCAAGAUGUUUAACAGACAGACGAGCCUGUGGAUGGGAGACCUGGACCCAUACAUGGAUGAGAACUUUAUCAAGCAGGCGUUCAGCGCUAUGGGAGAAUCACCGUUUGGAGUCAAGAUCAUCACUCACAGGAUAACAGGUGGGUCUGCAGGAUACUGCUUCGUGGAGCUGGCAGAUGAAGCGAGUGUCGACCGCUGUGUCCAAAGACUCAACGGAAAACUGGUUCCUGGAUCAAACCCGCCCCGGAAGUUUAAGCUAAACUAUGCCACCUACGGCAAACGGCCGGAGGCAGGGCCGGAGUUCUCAGUAUUUGUGGGUGACUUGGCCUCCGAGGUGGACGACUUCCAACUGCACCAAGUUUUCAAGAAGUAUCUUUCCUGCAAGGGAGCCAAAGUAGUCACAGACCAGUACGGAUACUCCAGAGGUUACGGCUUCGUCAAGUUCGGGGAGGAGAGCGAGCAGAAGAAAGCGAUCGAGGAGUGCCAGGGCACGAUGCUCGGGGGGAAGCCACUCAGACUCAGCGUUGCUGUAGCAAAGAGCCAGAAGAUGAGCAGCUACCAUGGGGGCCAGGGCCAGAACUACCAUAGCAACUACAGCCAAACCCAGUCCAGUUACUACGGCAACCACGGCAGCGGACAGGCGGGUUACUACUCUCAGUGGGGUGGCUAUGACCAGUACAGUGGCUACAACAGCGGCAGCUAUAACAGCGGCUAUAACACUGGCUACAACAGCGGCUACAACUAUAACUACGGGCCCUACGGGUACCCGCCACCAGGACACAUGAUGCCGCCACCUCCCAUGGGGAUGCCACCCACUGACAUGUCAGGAGCUGUAGAGAGCCACGAGGAGGGUGGAGAUAUGGAGGAAGAUAAUGCAGAGGAGCCCAUCCCUGAGUGUGACGUGGAGCAGUGGAACAAAGAUUUUAUGCAGCGCAGCGAGGAGCUCUAUGACGCCAUGAUGAGCAGUCACUGGGAACCCUUGGACUCUGUAAACUCGCCCAUCCCCUCCCUCUCCUGAUAAUUCUUCUUCCGAUCUCUUCCUAAACCUUAAAUAUUUCACCAUUUUGUACUUCCCAUAAUGUGCUAUGAUCUAACACCACAUUGACACCUUAAAAAAAGGCCAGCGUCACUUCACCGUCUCAGUGCUUCUCCAGACGUAAGUACUUGUUCCUUUUCAAAGUACACACAAACAUUAGCUUGAUUUUAAUAUUUACCAAUUUGGUAAUCGUCAAAAAGGUGUUCAAUAACCGGUGACGUUACUGUGUAGUGCAUACUGUUCUGUAUGACCCGGGGCUGUGAGCUUUGGGGGGACGUGCUGAAGUAGCCUUGAUGCUGCUGACUGGCACGCAGUAGCUGUAGCAUUGGAAACUGAAUGUCGUGUCAAUAGUUCACCAGUUAUGAUAUCACUGAGGAACAAACUCUGCUGUCUUUUACUUUAGUUGAUCCGUGUUGAGAUGGUGACACCAGCAAAAGCUAACUUCACUCAUUGGAUAUGGCCCAGACUCUUUUAAGAUUACAUUGUCUUCUGAAGACAAAAGUUUAAACUAUGCCUUAAUUGUCAUUCGCCAUGUACCUCCUCAGUCUAUGAUGGUUAUUAGAAUAAUUUAAUAUAUGCAGCAUAUCAGUUUGUCGUGUCUUGUUCAUUUUUUAAAUGAAGGAAUUUUCCUCAGUUUUUUUUAAUUUUUCUGAAGUGAAACAUGGAAAGAAGAUGCAGAUGUUGAGUGUAUCCAACAGUAAUCAGUCACAGAUGUAAUUUUAUCACUGUUUAUUUUAGACGAAAAGCUGAAAUUCUUUCAGUCUAACAGAUGAUUGGUUCAACCUCCCAAUACUUGUGAGUGCUGUGACACUGUGUAAUGGUUCAGUGAGGCUUACAGCUGAUUUGCUGUAUCAGGUCAAGGCGGCAUAUUUUCCUGCUGUUUAAUGGCUGAGGUUUUGUAUAUAUUUUCUUUGUGGAGACGUUUUAUCAAUAAAACGAAUUUAGAAGGAAAA